GGAGCUCAAUAAACUUUGGGUAUUUAAAGGCACUGAUACCAUCAUAGAGGUGCAGUUCACAAUGGCUCUCCAUCACCUCCUGUCCUGUAUGACUGUGACGACCAUUCUCUUAUGGAGAGGUUGUCACUCGCAGCAGCCUGCUGGUAUAAGCAGCAGAAUCCUGGGAGGUGAAGAUGCAGCACCAGGAAAGUGGCCCUGGCAUGCCGUGGUAGUAACGUAUGGACCUUAUGGAUAUAACCAGUGUGGAGGUUCCCUAAUCACUGAGCAGUGGGUCCUGACAGCUGCUCAGUGCUUACCGUCUACAAGUUACAACACAGUGGUUUAUCUGGGACGCUACAACCAGUCAGAUUUAAGUCCAAAUGAGGUGACUCGGAAAGUGGAAGACAUCGUCUGCCAUUCUCAACGUCCCUACUACUCCUCCUACUACUACUACUCUACAAAUGAGAACGACAUUUGUCUUCUGAAGCUGUCUGAACCUGUGGAUUUCACAGAAUACAUUCACCCGAUCUCCUUGGCCUCAGAAGACAGCACUUUCUACAAUGGGACCAGCAGCUGGGUCACUGGUUUUGGGUUUGAUGAUAAUUAUCGAUUUCCCAACAUCCUGCAGGAAGUUAAUGUGCCAAUACUGGGAAACAAUGAGUGCAGAUGCUACUUUGGAAACCACUACUACAACUACUACUACUGGUUCCCACAGAUUACAGAGAACGUUACCUGCACCUGGCCCAAAUAUGGAUGGAAGGGUCCAUGCUAUGGAGAUCAAGGAGAACCACUCAUGGUGUAUUCAGAAUCAGGCUGGGUCCAGAUUGGAAUUACGAGUUACAGCAAUUGUUACGGACCUUCAGUCUACACCCGUGUGUCCCAAUACGAGAAAUGGAUCAAUGACACCGUCACCGGGACACCACCUGACUUUGUUACCUUCACCUCCCCAGAAACCGACAGUGACUUAAACUUCACUUGUCCAACAUCACCACCUACAACCAUCCCUACCUUUGUCCCUGACACUUUCACUACCCCUGAGGGCCCCCCCACCCCUGAGGGCCCACCUGCCCCUGAGGGCCCCUCUGACAGUUUCUCUUUCUUACUGUCCCUAGAGGGCACUCUGUUUGGCAGCAGUGAAAACCUGACCCACUUCACUCACUUCACCUCUCUCUGUGUUAUUGCUGUGUUGCUCCAUCUGUUUGUUUGAAGUGGAGGAAUGUAACUCAGCACAUUUACUCAAGUCUUGUAUUUAAAUACAAGCUCGAAAUACUUUACCUGAGUAAUCAGUCUUCAUAACAUUUUAGCUCUACGAGGUGAAUGUUUUACAUUUUACUCCCAUACAUUUAGGAACAGUUUGAUUUUCUGGUGUUUUUAAAAGUUAAAUCAUCUUUUCUAAACUAAACACAUUAAUAAAAUACUGGGCUUUCUUAUACAUUAGAUUAUCAGUAAAUGCAUAAUGAAUGAAACAGUAAACACAUGCAAGGAGUUUAUGUUUCCAGUGUUUAAAUAAAGUGAUUUGCUCUAAUAUUCCAACUAAUUUCAUUGUUUAAUUCAUUGUAGAGUGACCUUUGACAAACUGUGGACUAGAGACAAGUUAGUGAUUUUUAUUAAGAAAUCUGAUCUUUUUAAAUCCUUCUGGGCAGUGAAACAAUACAAAGUUGUCAAACACUCGGGCUUCUGAUCAACUCUGGUACAACUUGAUGGAAAUUUUGUGUGAAUUUCUGUGUGAAGAACUUUUUGGCAUCUAAAUAUGUUUAUCAAUUAAAACAUGCAUCAUUUUAAUGAAA